AUGAUAAAAAGAGUUAAUAUUUUAAUAAAAAUUAAUAAAAAUAAAUAUUAUAAUUUUAGAUUUAAUAGAAAUAAAAAGUAUAAUAAUAAGUAUAUAAAAAAAUCAAAGAUUAAUGUAAUUAAAAAUUUAGAUUUUAGAAAUGAAAUUAGUUUAGGUGAUAUAAUAUUAUUUAAUAAUUAUAUUUAUAAAGAUAAAUUUGUUAAAUAUUUUGGUAAGAUAUGA